UGUAUGUGAGAUGUCGACGAAGCUGUGCUUCAAUUCAAAAUGCAAAGAACCGUCGGAUAAGUGGAGGAGAGGCUGGCGUCGCCGCACUGGCGAGUACGCUCACCUAUGUGAUCGCUGCGCUUCUGUUUACGAGGACGAAAAAUUUUGUGAGACGUUCCACUUGAAGUCUUCUGGGUGGAGAUGCUGUGAAUCUUGUGGAAAGCAAAUACACUGUGGAUGUAUAGUUUCAUUCCAUAUGUUCGUACUACUGGAUGCCGGAGGAAUAGAAUGCCUAACAUGUGCAAAAGGUUGCAUUUUGACCCCAAAUCCUGCAUGGCCACCACCUUUGCAUUUCCUUCCUUCGCAGCCCGAAAGAAUGAAAGACCUUUCUGCGAAAAGUUGGAGUCCUAUUGUUGGCUCAGGUCCAGUACCGUGGCGUCAAGCUCCCAGCUUGUUCAAUGGUUCGGAUGUUCCAUCUAACAUGAAACUGAGGAUGCCCGUUGAGGCAGAUGUAUCAAGUGGCAUUGAUAGGUAUAGAAUUUGUGAGAGAUUAUCUACAGCUUCACCUGAGAUGAAACAAGGGUCCUCGUUUGAAAGAUUAGUUAAUGGAAAUAUGAGACAUGGCCUUUUUGAAAAACCUCAGAACGGGAAUACGGGGCUCAAUGUAAAGGAGAAACGUUAUUCCUUUGUGAAUAAUUUCAAGCCAGUAUUCCCAAAAAACGACUCUUCUUCUGCUAAUUUGAAAUUGGCCACAGUUUCUUCAUCAAAAACCGAAACAGGCAAUGAACAUAUAUGUGGUCUUCUCCCACCAUCAUCGGCUAUUUCGAUUCCUGUCGCCCAAAAGGUUUGCAGUCGCAAUGGAAUGGACUUAUCUGGUGACACUCAUAUGCGUAAUGGAAAGGGUAGAGGAGAUGGCAGAGUCCGAGAUCAGUUGCUCCUUCGGUACCGACCUCAAAUAGUUGGCGAGGAGUUCCAACAAAUUUCUAGCGACUCAAAGACAGUUAUUACUCCGUUGUUUGAGAAAAUGUUAAGUGCAAGUGAUGCUGGAAGGAUUGGGCGCUUAGUCCUGCCAAAAAAAUGUGCAGAGGCUUAUUUUCCAUUAAUCACUCAGCCAGAAGGAUUACCUCUAUCCAUACUGGAUGUGAAAGGGAAUGAAUGGAUGUUUCAAUUUCGGUUUUGGCCGAAUAACAACAGCAGAAUGUAUGUCCUGGAAGGAAUUACUCCUUGUAUACAAUCAAUGCAACUUCAAGCUGGUGAUGUAGUGACGUUUAGUAGGCUAGAGCCAGAAGGAAAGUUGGUCAUGGGUGGCAGAAAGGCUUUAGCUAUUCCAUCAUCAGAUCAGGGAGCUGAAAUUUCUAUUGUAGGGAAUAACACCUUCCCUCCAGGGGAUGGUAGUGGUAGAUAUAAUUCUGUGGAUGUUAUUUCUGUGAAUGGCCACGAGAAAGUUGCAGAAAAAAUACUUGAAGAUAAACCUACCAUUCACAAUAAGAGGAAGAACAGCAACUUCAGUGCGAAAAGUAAGCGCCUUAGGAUUGAUGACGGAGAUAUGAUAGAGCUGAAGAUCACUUGGAAGGAAGCUCAAGGAUUGAUGCGCCCACCUGCAAAAAUUGUCCCGUCAUUUGUUGUUGUAGAGGGUUGUGAAUUCGAAGAAUUUGAGGAAGCUGAGCCAGUUAUUGGCAGGCCUACUAUUCCAGGGGUAGAUAACUUUGGUGAAAAGAUCCAGUGGAUUCAAUGCGAGGACUGCUUUAAGUGGCGUAAAGUGCCUGCAGAUGCGCUUCUUCCUUCGAGAUGGAUCUGUUCAGAGAAUGAAUGGGACCUUGACAGAUCUCUGUGUUCGUCUGCUGAGGAAUUAACAAAAGAACAGCUGGAACAUAUGCUACCCACCAUGAACAAAGAUUCUUCGAUAAAUGAGAUCACCGAACUGGACGGGGAUCUGGCAGUUGCUCUGGAAGGACUUGAUGCACUUGCUAACUUAGCUAUCCAAGGGGAGGCUUCAUCCGAGAACAGGACAAAACACCCUCGUCACAAACCUGGCUGUACAUGCAUCGUCUGCAUUCAACCUCCCAGUGGUAAAGGCUCUAAGCACAAGCAAUCGUGCGACUGCAUGGUUUGCAUUUCAUUAAGGCGUCGUUGUAGAACUCUGAUGGAGAGUCGAGACAGGAAAAAAAUGGAAAAGCAAGCCGAAUCUUCUUGUCACAACUUGCAAUCACAACCAAAACAGCUGCGUGGAAAGGUGAGUAAAUCGGGCUAUCUUAACGAAACUAACGAGAGAAAAUCUGAAAUUUCACCUUUGAAAGGUCAAAUAGACCUUAACAUCCAGCCAGAGAGGGAGGAAGAUUCGUCUCCUGUGUCAGAUUCAGCACCGCCCAAGAUGAAAUGCUCGUUGUUCCCCUCAUUUUCUGCUGAUGGAGUUUUUAAACAGCAUCAGAAAUCUUUGGGGUCUAAUGUUAUUGGAAACUUAGUCGGAAAGCAGAUGCAGAAAGAUGGUUAGGCCUCAGUCAGUUUGGCGGAGUCGGAAUUUUCGUUAACCUAAUCUGCUUUGUCCCCCGUCGCAUGGAUGGAUAAAACUGUUACGUACAUAUAGAAAAAGGUAGAAAGUUAAGGCGCUUAGUUAAUUUAGCUGCUUGCCAUCCACAGUUAUCGUUAUCCCCAUUCUAUUGUCGACCGGUGUUUGUGUGAAAAAGCAAAAUGUUCAGGAUUGAGAAGGGAAUUGAAGAUAAUUCAACUGGUAUGUGUAAUUAUUUGCUCUAAAUUUUAUUUAAUAUAUACUUUCAGUAAUAGAAUGCAAAUUACUAACUAG